CCUCUCUCCUCGCAGGCCACAAGUGUUUGAUUCGCUGUGCAUAUUAAUGAGCAGAGGCGGCGUGGAGCUUUUUAAAGCUGGCUCAGCCCUCCAGACGGAGCGGCAGGAGAGUUGGAGACGCAUCCAAAGCGCGCAGGACGCACAGACGGAGUUCAGAGAAAAAAACCUUCCCUCCCUGCAAGUGGACUUAAUCUGCAGCCACCAGUUCGCAUUUUCUCCCGACCGCUGAGGAAUACAGUUUGUGGAACUUCCUUUUUAUAAGAAACAGCAUUUUAAGCCAUGCAUCGGUGCAAAGUGGUGCUACUGCUGCUGGCGGUCAUCCUGCACUUCCUGAGCGCAGAAGCCUAUAAGUGCAGAUGCACCAGAAAAGGACCAAAGAUCAGAUAUAAGGAUGUGCAGAAGCUGGAGAUCAAACCCAAACAUCCCUUCUGCCAAGAGAAGAUGAUAUUCGUAACCAUGGAGAACAUGUCUCGGUUCAAAGGUCAGGAGUACUGCCUGCACCCCAACCUUCAGAGCACCAAGAACCUGGUCAAAUGGUUCCGUAUCUGGAAGGACAAGCACAGGGUGUACGAAGCCUAAGAACAACAAGGAUCCAGUGAGACGGAUCCAGACCCGGACAGAACCAGAACUGUUCUGUGAAGAAAUGACCAGAGGCCUGUUGCGAACGUUAAAAAUGCAUCUGUAGUCUGUAAAUAAUCUGACGGCUUGUCUUAGUCUCCCGUCCAGGUAGCUCCAUCACUCACAUCCCCGGCCUCCACGGCGGAAUUCGUCAGGUUUUAUUUAAGGAACCGUCUCGGCUAUUUUACCUCCUAGGAUUCUACCAACGCGAGGCGGUUCAGGUUCUGAAGAAACACGGAAACCCAGAACCUCACAUGUAGCGUGAGGGAGGAGAUGCGUUUCUUCACCGCGAUAAAAUACAUUUGAUUCUUUUUCUAGAAAAGAUACUGACUUUCUGGAAGGGUGUGUGUGUGUGUGUGUGUGUGUG